AGUAACAAAUAAUAAACAAAACAAGACGAAAAUUUUGGUUAUUUGAUUUCGGCGGUUUUCUGCUCUUUUGUUUUCAGGUUUGUGAGGUUCGUAGUGAUUGUGUGCUCUGGAAUACUCUGGAUUUUGGUGUAUUAGUGUCUGCAAUUUGUGUUACACUAAGAACGAUUUUGGUUUAAAGAAGAUUAGUAAUAAAUGAUGAUGGUUGACAAUGUCUAUAUUUUAGACAAUGGAGCAUAUACAGCUAAAGUGGAGCUUUCUAAAGCUACAACUCCAAGGAUAAUACCCAAUUGCAUAAUGAAGGCCAAAAGUGAACGACGCAGACCUUUCAUUGGGGAUCAAGUGGAAGAAUGUAGAGAUGCUUCAGGACUGUUUUACCUUUUGCCAUUCCAGAAAGGGUUUCUAGUGAACUGGGAUGUGCAGAAGAAUGUGUGGGACUAUAUCUUCAGCAAGGAUUGUUGCUACGGAAACUUUUCUGAAACUCCGCUGAUAGUCACUGAACCUUACUUUAACUUUCCUUCUGUUCAAGAGGCCAUGUCUGAGAUAUUUUUUGAAGAAUACGAAUGCCAGUCACUUCUUAGAAUAAAUGCUGGAGACCUCUGUAACUAUCACUAUCGGAAGGAACAUCCUGACAGUCUCUGCUGCCUGGUAAUUGACUGCGGCUACAGCUUUACCAACAUCGCCCCUUACAUCAAAGAUAAGAAAUACAAGUUGGGUAUCCGCAGAAUAGACGUUGGAGGGAAGGUCCUCACGAACCACUUGAAAGAGGUGAUAUCCUACAGACAACUUCAUGUAAUGGAUGAGACACAUGUGAUGAACCAGGUGAAAGAGGAUGCAUGUUACGUUGCGCAGGACUUCAUGAAGGAGAUGGAAGUGGCACGACAGAAAUACCCUGAGAACACAGUCGCACGAGACUAUGUCCUGCCUGACUAUACAUCAAUCCGUCGUGGUUAUCUGCGGGAACUUAGUCAUACCGAACCUGUUGAACAGCAAACACUGAGAUUGAACAAUGAACGGUUUGCAAUUCCUGAACUGUUGUUCCACCCAUCAGAUGUGGGGAUAUCACAGAUGGGUAUUGUCGAGGCAGUGGUGGACGCUGUGAACGCCUGUCCACCUGAGACGCAUCCCCAUCUAUACAGUAACGUACUGGUGGUAGGUGGCUGUGCCUGCUUCCCGGGCUUCCGUGAUCGACUCUACAAAGAUCUACGGAGCGCUACUCCUCAAGAGUAUGAUGUCAAUGUCUACUUGCCUGAAAACCCGGUGACGUAUGCCUGGAAAGGAGGAGCCCUGCUCAGUCGAGAUCCAGAGUUCUACAGCUUUGUCGUCACAAAGGAAGAGUUUGAGGAAGAAGGCCACAAUAUCUGCUUUGAGAGAUUUGACAUCUAGCAGAGGGGACAUUAACCUCUCUUCACUCACCAUUCCUUUCUUUAAAUUAUUUAUUUUGUAAAUCCUAUGUAAAUGUUAAUUAAAUAAUUUUUUUACUUUA